ACUCUUCCCUACUAUGUCGCUGCAGGAGGCCUCAGAUGCUCGAAAAGCGCGUUUGAUCGCCCUAAGAAACCGCAAGGAGGGUAUAUCAACUGUACCAAAUGGAGAUUCUGUGCUUCUCAGCAGGAAUUAUGACCCUGAAACAAGGACGUUGAAGAAGCACUCGAAAAAUGACGUUCUGACUACAGAUACUGUCGAGAAAGAUAUUGAAGGAGUAGCUGAAAAGAUACUUGCUGAAGAUGAACGGCAGCGUGCCCAAGAACUUGACGUAUUCAACAUCGCCCCGAAACGGCCAAACUGGGAUUUGAAGCGCGAAAUGGAAAAGAAAGUAGCAAAGCUAGAGCGAAAGACUCAAGAAGCUGUCCAUACUCUUAUCCGGCAGAGACUUGCUUCUCAAAAAGGGCAGUCGGACGACAUUCUAGGGGCAAUGAAUGCACAAGAGAAAGCAUUGGACGUCGAAGACCAGCCUUCAGACGAGGAUGAAUGAAACAGGUUCUUUCUCUAUCCUGUUCAUCGUGCCACCUCAUGGUCAUGGAUCUCAGUUCUUCCUCUGUAUGUGAGCUGAAUAUCACCCUAGUACCGUGGCCUCCAUGCGAUCGCAGUUUCGUGCCAUAAUUGGCACGAACACGUCCAAGCGUGGCUACCAUCCUUUUGUUGAUCACGCUCUAAUAACCAGGAGUUCCGCCAUUUAAUUGAAAUGGCGGGCAUGUUCCUUGUAUCAUAUACAUUACCUUUGCAAAUCGAAGGGCGGCUAUUGAAUA